CGAGCAGACAAGUCCGCCGGAAGUCCUGCCGUAAAGCGUGCAGCCACAAUCGUACUAGCGCCGGUUCCCUUGGAGACAGGCAACGCGCACAAGAUGGCGACGCCAGUGGAGGCGGCUUCGGACUUCGCCGAGGCGGCUGAGGCUGCGGAACUGAGCCGCUCGCUAGGCCGCCUGCUGCCGGGGCUUGAGACCGAGAGUAAGCUGGGGCGGCGGCGUGCGCUGGAGGCUCUGGAGCACGCCCUGGAAGAGGCGGUGCGGCCCGGCGUGGAUUCUGCUGCCUUUCAGGGCCCCUGGGCUCGUCUGCUGCUACCGCGCCUGCUGCGACUUCUGACCGACCCGGCCGAGGGCUGUCGCGCGCUCGCUGCUCACCUGCUGGACUUAGGCCUGCGCCGCGCCGCUCGGCCUCGCGAUGCUCUACCGCGCCUGGUGCCCGCGCUCACCGCGCGCCUGGCCCGACCCGAGCCCGCGCGACUGCCGCCGGAGCCCUGCGAAGAGCUGCGCCUCGCCCUCGUGCAGCUGCUCCGCCUGGCCGUGGACCUUGGCGGCGCCGCGCUCGCACCCCACCUGGACGACGCGGUGCGCGCGCUGCGGGGCGCGCUGCUCGACCCCUUCGCCGCGGUGCGCCGCGAAAGUUGCGAGUGCGCAGCCGCUCUGGCGCGGGCCACUCCUGAGCACUUCCACAUGCAGUCGGAGUCCUUGAUAGGCCCCCUGAUGCAGACCAUCUCCCACCAGCACUGGAAGGUCCGGGUGGCCGUCAUCGAAGCCACGGGCACUGUGAUCCAGUUUGGCAAUGGCAGUUCCGUGGAUGACGUUCUUUCCCACUUUGCUCAAAGACUCUUCGAUGACGUCCCUCAGGUCCGGCAGGCCGUGACCUCGGUGGUGGGGGGCUGGCUGCUGAAUCUUCGUGACCGCUACUCUUUCUUCCACAAACUCAGCCCUCUGCUGCUCAGCAGCUUCAGCGACGAAAUGCCUGAGGUCCGGCAGACAGCCACCAGCCUCUGGGAGAAGGUCGGGCUGAAAUGGCAGGAGGAGAAUGAGGCAGACCUAAAGGACAAGCUGGAUUUUGCUUCGCCUCCUCCUCCCCACUACCCUGAACAUGAGAGCCGUCCUGGCCUGGGCUGCCGAGAGCUGGUUUUCAGGAACCUCUCCAAGGUGCUUCCUGCUGUCUGUCACGAUAUCACCGACUGGGUGGUGGGGACACGGGUGAAGGCCGCACAGCUGCUGCCAGUGCUGCUGCUGCACGCAGAGGACCACAUCACGCAGCACCUGGAGAUCAUCCUCAGAACCCUGCAGCUGGCAUGUAACGACGAGGAGAAGGCUGUGGUCAGCAGUUGUAUAAGAGCUGCAGAGCUCAUUGGCACAUUCGUCAACCCGGAAGUGUUUCUGAAACUGAUCUUAGCCAUGCUGAAGAAGUCACCCUCCGCCUCUGGCCUCUUGAUCCUCGCAUCCGUCAUCCAGGGCUGCCCCCAGAACAUCCUGCAGCCACACCUCAAGGUCAUAGCCACAGAGCUGGCCAAGGAGCACAUCUGCCAGGGCUCUGAGAAUAAUCGCUACCUGGAGCAUCUAUUGCUGUGUGUGCAGGCUCUACUCUCUGUAUGUCAGGAAGACUGUCGCACUGUCAGCCUGCAACUCAUGGAGGUGCUGGUGACAAUACUGGCAGUCUCAGGUGCCCCGGGCCUUUUGAAGAAGGCCCAGAACACCAUGGACACACUGGCUGAGGUGGAAGACACCCCCAGCAGUCAGGACCUGUUCCGCAAACAUGUGGGUGCGCUCCUGGAGCGGCUGACGGCCUCACAUGGCGAGUGGACAGUGCACUCUGUGCAGUUGCUGAAGUUCACUGUGGUGCUCACCCAGGCAGGCCCAGCUGUGGGAGAAGCGCUGCAGCACGUGAUUCCUACCCUCAGGACUUGUCUCCAGCCCACCACAGACCCGCACAUGCGCCUGAAGCUCUUCUCUGUCCUGUCCACGAUGCUGCUGAGGCCUAAGGACACUGUUGACUCUCAAGGACAGUUCCAUGGCUACUUGGAGAUGGUAGUGAAUGACAUCCUAGCCCCCAACCUGCAGUGGCAUGCAGGGAGGACGGCUGCAGCCAUCCGGACAGCUGCCAUAUCCUGUCUGUGGGCACUCACCAGCAGUGACAUCCUAUUGGCCAAGCAGGUGCAGGAGGCACAGGAGACCCUGAUGCCACAAGUGCUGGCCACACUAGAGGAUGACUCCCAGACCACACGCCUGGUCUCCUGCCGCAUCAUUAGUGUGUUCCUCAAGAACUCAGGGGAUACCAUGGAACCAGAGAAAUUCCUCAAGGUCUAUCCUGAGCUCUUGAAGCGCCUAGAUGAUGUCUCCAAUGACGUGAGGAUGGCUGCUGCUUCUGCCUUGCUUACCUGGCUGAAGUGUGUGCAGAACUCCGAUGGAAAAUCUGCCUUUCAGAGCAGCGUUCAGUUCUUAUACAGGGAGCUUCUGGUCCAUCUGGAUGACCCUGAAAGUGCCAUCCAGGAUACAGUCCUAGAAGUCCUCAAAGAAGGCAGUGUCCUGUUCCCAGAUGUGCUCGUUCGAGAGACCGAGGCCGUUGUCCACAAACACCGCUCAUCUGCCUACUGCGAGCAGCUGCUGCAGCACAUGCAGGCCAUGGCUGCUGCUCGGUGACCAUGUGCAGCAGCCACUGAAGGGCCCUAGCUCUCUGAAGGGCAGCACAGGUGGCCUGGAGACCUUGCACUCAGGGCGGCCAUGUCUAUAGCCCAGGCAUCCUUGGGACCCACCAACCACCAGAUGGUGCUUUGAGCAGCAGCAUCUAUCUUUCCUAAGCAAGUUCUGGGAUUUUGUAACAUGUCUAUUAUACACAGAGGCCACAAAAAGCUACAAUUAAAGUUAGAUGGCCCCAUCCUUGCCAGCUUCCCAGCUACCUGCUUGAAUAUGAUGUUUUUAAGGUUCCCUCACAAGCUUGGCCUGCUUCCAUGCCCACCAAGAAUGUUCUUCAUGUUGCAAGAAAGCCAAAGCAAUUGUAAAGACAACCAUCCACUUUCUUUGGGCCCUGUCCCAUCAUCCUAGGCUGAAGAGAAUGCCCAGUCUUGACUCACUGUUUUAUUUUUUUUUUGUUUUAUUUGUUUUUCAGCACAGUUCCUCUAUGUA